CCCCGUCGCCUUUCUUCUUCGCACACCGCCCCGUCCCUCCGCCGCCCCCAACCGGUUCCGCCUCCAAUCACAGCGCCGCUUCCUCCUCCCAUCCCGCGCGAGCACAAGAGCCCCCACCGGCGUCUGAUCCCGAUCCGGCCGUGGGAGAGGAUGCGGCAACCUCUGUUGCGCCGCUCCUCCCUCUCGUCCCUCCGAUCCCCUCGCUGCUCCGUGCCUCACGAAGAAGGCGACGACACCGGUGGCUCCAGGCGCUGGUAGGCCGUGGGGCGGGAGCGGGAGGCCGCCCCAAGCUCACCGCGGAUCUGCCGCGGGAGGCCGCGCUUCGUCCUCGGCCGCCUCCUCCGCUCCCUCCAACGUCGUCGGCCGAGCCUCCCCUUCCACCGUCCGCUCGCGCCGUUCUGGUGCUAAUCUCGCCGGGGAGCGGGUUCACGGGCGACCGGAGCCAGGUCCUUUGGAUCGGCUGUCACUGCGUGGACGAGGCAGGGGCCAGCGGACGGCGCUUUUAUUCCUUGAGGCCGGGUCUCAAGCAGGACCUGCCCUGCUAUGUAUGAGGUCGACCUUAAGGACCUAGGACCCUUCACACUCUCCGGAUGCCCUGAGAAUGUGUAAGUUUUUUUAUUAAUCUACGGAGAGCAAGCGGCUUCUGUGUUUGCACAGGAAUGGCGGGCGAGGAGGCUGCGGAGGGCAGCCGGAGCAGGAGGCGCAUGGAUCUAAACUUGUACCUUGGCCUCCCUCCAUUGCCGCGGCCUCCGGGCCGGCUCGACGCUACGCUUGAUUGCCCGUUGCUGAUUCCCAACUCGACCGUUCCUACACCGGAUGCCCCAAGAACUGGCGAGCCUGAGGAAUCGCUCGCACGGGCAGCGGCCUACUCGCCGUCAAAUGCACUCUCUACGCCGGAGGAGCAGCCAAUGCUUGAUCCCAUUGUUUAUGCCUGGCUUGAUGGCCACAGCACCGAUGGCGAAGAGGACACUGAUGCUCCUGAACUGGCACCAGUGGAUGAUGCCAAUGUCUCACAGCCACUGGUGGCUGCCUCUGGGUUGGAAGGGGAUGGCUUUACACCAUGGGUGGAAAGGUUUGUGCAGCCUGGUAGUAGAAUGGAGAUGGUUAACACAAGCACACUGCGUCAGUCCCUUCGAGGGGCAUCUGCAAUUGAAGAAGGGACUCCGGAGCUCCGCUUUCAAAGGGUGAUCCAGAUUAGCCAGCAGCACAGCAUUGUGAGGCCAGGAUCAGUGAACCGCAGCCAACGGGCAGCUAGUCCGGACGCCGAUAGGCUGGUCUGGGCAAUCCAACGUACCCAUAACUCUUUAGAAGCAGCAAGGCGGCAGAAGAUGGAUAGCGACAAGAAGGUGGGUGGAAAGGGUGCUGCUAAGAAAGAUGGUUGCUGUGAGUGUAGCUCCAGCUUUGAGUGCAAUAUCUGUCUUGACCCGGCUAAACAGCCCGUGGUUACACCUUGCGGUCACCUCUUCUGCUGGCCAUGCUUGUACCAGUGGCUUCAUGCACAUUCAGCCAACUCUGAGUGUCCUGUCUGCAAGGGCGAGGUGCUCGAAGUGAAUGUCACUCCAAUUUAUGGAAGAGGCGGUGAAGAAGGGGAUUCUGCCAACCUUGAUAUGCCACCCAGGCCGCGAGCAAACAGAAGGGAGAGCCUGAGGCAGCAGCUGCAAAUGACAGACACAAGAGGAAUUGCAACGGUGGUGAGGCAGUUGAUAGAAAACCAGGGCAUAGUGAGAGGCCUCCCAAGCCCAACGGGUAUCGAGAUGACUGUGGUUCCUGCAGGCCGGCAAAGGGCUAGGGCUCGGAGACAGCAAAGGCAAGAUAACAAUGCAUCAUCUUCCGUACCUGCAACUGCAAUAAUGCUGCAUAUGGGCAAUGUUGCCUCUGAGAGCAGCAAUCAGAUACCAUUGCCACCUUCUAAUGCCAACAAUACUGCACCUGUGGCUCCUGCAGCUCCUCAGCAGUCAUCAUCUGUGGAGCAACUGUCGAAUUCUAGCACCACAGCUGUUAUAGUGGGGGAGCCUGGGUCAAGUAGGCGUGCAAGGCCUUCGGAGUCCACAGUCACAAGAAGAACGAGGAGGAGGCCACAGUAGGUACCAGAGUGCUGUCGCUCUCUUCAAUAAAACCUACAGACCAUGCCCCAUUGGUAGUUAUUACCAUGAUUAGCUUCAAUAACAUCUCAAGGUUAAUAAUUUUAGGAAUGUAUAUGCCAUCCUGCCUCUCUCUUACAUACCAUGUAUGUAGCUUCAUCAUGGAAAAGGAGUCGAAAUGUCAGUUCCAAUAUCUGAUGAAUAUGUUCUUUUGUGCGCUUGGAAUAUAUAUUCUGAUUUCGGCUCA